CUCAAUUGAAUCACUCAAAUUUAAGCGAUGAAAACUUCAAGAAAUAUCAACGCGACCAAAAAAGUUUAUUAGAAUCAUGUGAAAUGGAUUUGAGAUCACAAUACCAUGAGAACAUUGAUAUUCGCAAUAGCCAGAAUGAAUGUGAAAUCAAGCUUAAAAAUAAAGAUUCUGCAAAUCCGGUGAUAUCGAGUCUGAAGAAAGAAUUAAAUGACUGUCAAUAUUCGUAUGGAGAGAUCAGAUAUGAGCUUAUGAGCAGUGGAUUUACCCUAAGGGACACAACGACUGAGCUGACAAAAUGCAAUUCUUCAUUACAUGAAAUUACCAACAAACUCAAUUGCUUGCAAGGAGACUCAAGCAAAUGCAUUACAACAACUACAUAUACUACGACUACAACAACUACUCCAAGCUCUCGAAAGAAAGAACGUAAAAGUGAAGAAGAUGAAGACCAAUACUAUGAUUUUUACAUAGAAUAA